AUGAGCGGGAAUGAGUUCCGUUUCUUUUUGUCCUGCGAUAUCAAUCUCCCAGUAACCUUUCGGAUCGAGAGGUUAGAAGGAACCUUGCGUCCGGCCAAGUCCCCUAGCUCUGAUGUUGAUCCCACUUCCACAACAGAGGAGAGAAGAGCAGAGCUGUAUGUGGAGUGCGCGUUGUACAUUGAUGGUGCUCCGUUUGGCCUUCCCACUAGGACCAGGUUGGAAUCUUCAGGACCAUUAUAUUGUUGGAACGAGCUCAUCACUCUGAGUACUAAGUAUCGAGACUUAACUGGUCAUUCACAACUUGCUUUAACAGUUUGGGAUGUUUCAUGUGGGAAGGAUGAAGGGUUGGUUGGUGGUGCCACGAUUCUUCUGUUUAAUAGCAAAAAGCAACUCAAAACAGGGAAGCAGAAGCUGAGACUUUGGCAAGGAAAAGUAGCAGAUGGGUCAUUUCCUACUUCUACUCCUGGAAAGGUUCCCAGGCAUGAGCGUGGGGAGUUGGAACGUUUGGAGAAGCUUGUGAAUAGGUAUGAGAGGGGGCAGAUCCAGUGUGUUGAUUGGCUGGACCGCCUAGCUUUUAAAUCAAUGGAGAGAAUAAAGGAACGUGAAAGCUCUAGAAAUGGAAGUUUGCAUUUAUACCUGGUUGUUGAUUUCUGUAGUUUUGAGCAUCGUGUUGUUUUCCAGGAAUCAGGGGCAAAUUUCUUAUUACCUUCCCCUAUUGCUUCAACAAAUGAAAUUGUUACUGUCUGGGACCCAGAAGUAGGAAAGAUAAAUCCGUCAGAGCACAAGCAACUAAAACUUGCAAGGAGUUUAACCCGUGGUAUCAUUGACAGGGAUCUUAAACCAAGCUCCAACGAGAGAAAGUCAAUACAAAGGAUUUUAAAAUACCCGCCAACAAGGACUUUGAGUGGCGAUGAGAGGCAGCUCCUGUGGAAAUUUCGUUUCUCAUUGAUGUCUGAGAAGAGGGCCCUCACGAAGUUCCUCAGAUGUGUUGAAUGGAGUGAUGUUCAGGAAGCAAAACAAGCUUUAGAACUGAUGGGGAAAUGGGAAAUGAUUGAUGUCUGUGAUGCAUUGGAGCUGCUAUCUCCUGUUUUUGAAAGUGAAGAGGUUCGUGCAUAUGCUGUCAGUGUUCUUGAAAGAGCUGACGAUGAAGAGCUUCAAUGUUACUUACUUCAACUGGUUCAGGCUCUUCGGUUUGAGCGCUCUGAUAAAUCUCGCCUUUCUCAUUUCCUUGUGCAACGUGCAUUACGAAACAUUGAGUUGGCUAGCUUUCUACGCUGGUAUGUUGCUGUGGAACUUCAUGAUCCAGCAUACGCCAAGCGUUUUUACUGUACCUACGAACUACUGGAAGAGAAUAUGAUGAAGUUGGCAGCUGGAAUGCAUGGAGAUGAAGAUGGAUUUAAAUUGUGGCAAAGUUUGGUGCGCCAGACAGAAUUGACUGCACAGUUGUGCUCAAUUAUGAGAGAUGUAAGAAAUGUACGUGGCAAUACCCAGAAGAAGAUUGAAAAGCUUAGACAGCUGCUUUCUGGUCUUCUUAGUGAACUUACGUAUUUCGAAGAGCCGAUAAGAUCACCACUGGCUCCAGGAGUCCUCAUCACUGGGAUUGUACCAUCUGAGUCAUCAAUAUUCAAAAGUGCAUUGCAUCCUUUACGUUUGACUUUCCGAGCAGCAAAUGGGGGAAAUUGCAAAAUCAUCUUUAAGAAGGGGGAUGAUAUUCGCCAAGAUCAAUUGGUUGUUCAAAUGGUAUAUCUCAUGGACCGAUUGCUGAAAUUGGAAAAUCUUGAUCUGCACUUAACUCCAUAUAGAGUUCUUGCGACUGGGCAAGAUGAAGGAAUGCUGGAAUUCAUACCAUCCCGUUCAUUAGCACAGAUUCUCUCAGAGCAUAGAAGCAUCACAAGCUACCUGCAGAAAUUUCAUCCAGAUGAGCAUGGACCGUUUGGCAUUACUGCCACCUGUCUGGAAACAUUUAUAAAGAGCUGCGCUGGCUACUCUGUUAUCACAUAUAUACUGGGCAUUGGAGACAGGCAUCUUGACAACCUUCUCCUUAGAGAUGAUGGACGUCUUUUCCAUGUUGAUUUUGGCUUCAUUCUUGGUCGUGAUCCAAAGCCAUUUCCACCACCAAUGAAGCUAUGCAAAGAAAUGGUUGAGGCUAUGGGUGGAGCUGAAAGCCAGUACUAUACCAGGUUCAAAUCCUACUGUUGUGAAGCAUACAACAUUAUUCGCAAAUCUAGUAACCUAAUCUUGAACCUGUUUCAUCUAAUGGCGGGUUCCAACAUUCCUGACAUAGCUUCUGAUCCUGAAAAAGGCAUCCUCAAGCUCCAGGAGAAGUUCCGGUUGGAUUUGGACGAUGAAGCCUGCAUACAUUUUUUCCAGGAUUUAAUCAAUGAGAGUGUUAGUGCAUUGUUUCCUCAAAUGGUCGAGACCAUUCAUCGGUGGGCUCAAUACUGGCGCUGA